AUGGUCGUCCUGCCCACACGCGCACGGGGUGCCGGCUGCGGUCUUGGCCUCCUCGGCCUCGUGUUGGCGGCGCCAGCGCUCGCCCGCGUGGUGCCCAAGCACGCCACGCUGGUCGACCGCGCCACGGCCUCGUCGACGACGUACGACUUUGUCAUUGCCGGCGGCGGCAUUGCCGGACUGACCGUGGCCGACCGGCUGACCGAGGACCCGUCGGUCACGGUGCUCGUCGUCGAGGCAGGGCCGCUGGACCGGGGCGAGGACGCGGUGCGGGUGCCCGGCGCGUACAACCCGGGCGCGUACCUGUGGCCGAACCUGUUCUCGGUGCCGCAGGCGGGGCUCAACAACGGCGUGUACUUUGCGGCGACGGCGCGCGUCGUGGGCGGCGGCAGCACCGUCAACGCCAUGAUUUUCCUCCGCGGCGACAAGGACGACUACGCCGGGUGGACGGCGCUGGGCAACCGCGGCUGGGCGUGGGACGAUCUGCUGCCGUACUUUUGCAAGAGCGAGAACUUUACGUUCCCGGCGGCCGCGUUUGCGGCGCAGAACAACAUCUCGUGGACGGCCCACGUGCACGGCACGGCCGGCCCCGUGCAAGCGACGUAUCCCAACUACCGCUUCCCCGGCAGUGGCCACUGGUACGAGGCAGCCGUGCACGCCGGCAUCGCGCCCGACACCGACCCCAACGACGGCUCGGUGCGCGGCGUGUUCUGGCUGCCGCUGGCCGAGGACGCCACCACGCGCACCCGCAGCGACGCGCGCGCCAAUCACUACGACCGGGUGGCCGCGGCGCGCCCCAACUACCACCUGCUGCCGGGCACGACGGUCAGCAAGGUGCUGUUUAGCGCCGGCAAGAAAGCGACGGGCGUGCAGCUUGUGGCCACCGACGCGUCGAGCACGGCGCCGACGACGGCGACGGUGGCGGCGUCCAAGGAAGUGCUGCUGGCGGCGGGCGGUCUGCACACGCCGCAGCUGCUGCAGCUGUCGGGCAUCGGCCCCCAGGCGCUGCUGGCGCAGUUUGGCAUCCCCGUGGUGGCGGACCUGCCGGGCGUGGGCCAGAACUUUCAGGACCAGCCGACGAUCCCCAUGACUUACAACUUCACUAACAAUGUGUCCCCCAACUGGGGCUCGCUCCUCAACAACGCCACGUACGACGCCGCGCAGUAUGCCCGUUACGAAUCGUCCAAGACGGGGCCGUACACGCUCGUCCGUACGCUCAGCACCAACUUUGCCGCCCUCGCGCUCCAGGACAUCACCCCCGACUACCAGGCAAUCGUCGCCGCCGCCCGUGCGCGCAACGCCACCGCCGCGCUGCCCACCGGCACCGACCCGACGGUCGCCGCCGGCUAUGUGGCCCAGCGCGCCGUGCUGCUGCAGCAGCUCGCUGGCGAGGCCGCGGUCGGCGGGCUCCACUGGAACACCGACACGGCCAGCACGCUGUACGCCUUCAAGCCGUUGUCGCGCGGCACUGUGGCCAUCGCCUCGGCUGACGUGCGCGACGCGCCCCGCAUCGACUACCGCACCGCCACCGACCCCACCGACCUCGCCGUCUACGCCGCCCUCCUCCGCAAGAACCGCCAGCUCAUGGCCGCCCCCGCCAUGGCCGCGCUCGGCCCCGUCGAGACCGCGCCCUUUGGCCCCGGCGCCACGUCCGACGCCGCCGUGGCCGCCGCCCUCGUCGCCGCCCUCAACCCCACCAACGGCCACGCCUGCUGCACAGCCGCCAUGCUGCCGCGGCGCCUCGGCGGCGUCGUCGACGCCGACCUCUGCGUCUACGGCGUCACGGGCCUGCGCGUCCUCGACAUUAGUUUCUGGCCGUUCCCCGUGGCCGGCGCGCCGUCGGCCACCAUGUACGCGGCGGGCGAGAAGAUGGCGGCCGUCAUCAAGGCCAAGUACGGGCUGUGGUAG